UAUUGUUGUCUCAAUAUGUUGGUUGGUGCAGCUACCGAUGUGCUAUUGUGGAGAAACAAGAACAUUUCAGCAAGCUUUCUUGGGAGUGUGACAGCAGCUUGGAUCUUCUUUGAAUUGCUCGAAUACCAUCUACUUACUCUUGUUUGUCACAUUUUGAUUGCUGCACUUGGUCUCUUGUUCUUGUGGUCAAAGGCACAUACCUUUAUCAACAAGAGUCCACCUCGCAUCCCACAAGUACAGAUUCUGGAAGAUCCAUUUCUUCAGGUUGUUUCUGCCCUUACUAUUGAAAUCAAUCGGGGUUUUGCAGUCUUACGUGAUAUUGCAUCUGGAAAGGACUUGAAAAAGUUUCUCAUGGUUUGUUAUUUUCCAUCAAGUUUAUGUGAGAUUGAAAUAUCUAUUUUUAAGUUAAUGUCGCUUUAAUGUGUUCAUUUGAUUUAUUGAAAU